GUCGUGCGAUGAGACCGUCCCUGUAUACGGAACAUUUAAUCUCAGUUGAAACUCGAACUGCGGAAGAUUUGGCUCGUGAAGACAAGAGACGUCACCUAGUAUUAUCUAAGGAUAAUAUAUAGGACAUUACAUAUCACAAAUACUGUGUCUGAAAAGACGUAGUCCUUAAUUUAGCACAGCUAAUGGAGAAGCAAUUGCAUUUGAAUUUGCUAGCAUCCAGACCUCCAAUGCCAGGAGGUGUGCAGUCUGGGUCUAAAAUGAGAAUGGGACCUGGCAGAAAGCGAGACUUUUCACCCCUGCCAUGGAGCCAUUACUUUGAAACGAUGGAAGACGUUGAAGUAAAAAAUGACAACAGCAAGGACACUUUUAGAAUUUACAGCAGUGGAUCCCAUGGGCCCGUUCUUCUCCUCUUGCAUGGGGGUGGUCACUCUGCUCUCUCGUGGGCCGUUUUCACUGCAGUGAUAUGCAACCGGAUAGACUGCAGGGUGGUGGCUUUGGACCUCCGGGGACACGGUGACACAAAAGUUAAGAGUUGUGAAGACCUUUCAGCAGAAACGAUGGCCAAGGAUGUCGGGAAGGUGGUCGAAGCUCUUUAUGGCGAAAACGCUCCGCCAAUUGUAAUGAUUGGUCACAGCAUGGGAGGGGCAAUAGCAGUUCACACUGCCGCAGCCAAUCUGGUGCCGUCUUUACUGGGACUCGGUGUGAUUGAUGUGGUGGAAGGGACUGCAAUGGACGCUUUGAACAGCAUGCAAAAUUUCUUGCGGAGUCGACCAAAAACCUUCAAGUCAGUGGAGAAUGCUAUAGAGUGGAGUGUAAAAAGUGGACAAAUCAGAAACAUCGAGUCUGCACGUGUCUCCAUGGUUGGCCAAGUGAAAAAGUGUGAGGAGCCUUUGAGCAGCCCUGGAAUAUCAAAGUGCAUUGGAGAAGGGAUUAUUGAGGAAGAGGAGGAAGACGAAGAUGAAGAGGGGGAGUCCAAUCAUAAAAGGAAGAAAGAGGACGAUGUAGAGGUUAAAAAGGAGAGCCUGUUCACCUGGAGGAUCGAGCUGGCUAAGACGGAGAAGUACUGGGACGGCUGGUUCAGAGGCCUCUCGGCCCUGUUCCUCAGCUGCUCCAUCCCCAAACUGCUCCUGCUGGCAGGUGUUGACAGACUGGAUAAAGAGCUCACAAUUGGGCAGAUGCAAGGAAAGUUCCAGAUGCAGGUCCUCCCGCAGUGUGGCCACGCAGUGCAUGAAGACGCUCCUGAAAAAGUAGCAGAGGCCAUCGCCACCUUCAUGGUCCGUCACAAGUUCACAGAAGCAAAAGAGGGCUUCCAGUGCGUCUUUCCAGCUUGCUAAUAGGCCCUGAGUUCUCUCUCUGUAAAUAAGCAGUGCCAGACGCCACUGUGACGUCCCCUGAGUCACCUUGUCUCCAUCUCGCAGAAGAGCUCGGACUUUGGAACUGUCAUCUUAUGCCUCUUUGCCUGACUGAUGGACAUUGCUGACAACUCUGUUACAAGACAUGCUUUGCUCUUGAAUUCUGGUUAUACCAUGUUUUUGUUAUUGUUGUUAUUAUUAUGCAUAAUGACAUUAUCGUUGGUAUUGUGACGAGAGACCUUGCGAUGCCAUUACCUUGCUGAAGGUUUUGCCCUUCAUGAAUGCAGGGACUUUUCUUUUUCAGCUUUUUCACAGCUCUCCUUUUUAAAGUUUUUAUUUUGUCAUCUUUCUUGUGUUGCCUUGCCCGUUUCUGAUUAGUUUUGAGCGACAGCAGUGUGGCGUGUCCAAUGUGUUUCUCAUGGUUGGUUUUUAAGAAUGAUAAUGAAAAAUAAACAUUAAAUCAGCUGUGUAAAAAUGCAGUCAUCCGCUUGCAGCCUGACUCUGAGCCAAUGGUGUCUUGAAUGUUUGUUGCAGUAGUAUUACGGUUAGCAAAGUUUUUAGCAGUUGCAGUAUUUUCACCAGCAGAGGGCAGCACUGCUCUUUGUUACUGAUGUAGUUUUCCUUUAUGGGUUAUUGCAUACAGAACUCUUCAUAAAGUGCAGAAUUUUAUUUCAUUUUUUUUUUCUUUUCUUUUUUUUUCUUUAAAUAAGAUAAUUUAUCAAUUUAUUGGCCAAUGACAUCACCUUGAUGCUGUUGACUGACAAAUAUAAUUAUGGUUAUUAAAAAUUAUUUAUCCCUGA